AUGUUGUGGCGACGGAAUAUCACGAUCGAUGACCAUGCCAUCACCGAUGGCUCGGGCAUCACGCUCAAGCAGUCGCUGUUUCCGAAUUUGCUUGUCACCAUCCUCUUCUUCCUCUGGGGCUUCGCCUACGGCCUGCUCGAUGUCCUGAACUCGCACUUCCAGUCGGAGCUCAACAUCAGCGCGAGCAUGUCCUCUGGGCUCUCGGCCGCCUACUUCGGCGCCUACUUCAUCUGUCCGCUCACAGUCUCGGGGUGGAUUCUGCGUCGCUAUGGAUUCAGAGUCACCUUCAUGACCGGCCUCGCCGUCCUCGCCGUCGGCUGCCUCCUCUUCUGGCCCAGCGGCGUAAAAGCCUCCUUCGGCGGCUUCUGCGGCAGCAUGUUCGUAGUAGGCGCGGGCCUGUCAACCCUCGAAACCGGCGCCGACAACUUCCUCUCCAUCUGCGGCCCGCCACGAUACUCGGAGAUCCGCCUCAACCUGGCGCAGGGCAUCCAAGGCGUGGGCUCCUUCGUGGCGCCCCUCCUCGCCUCGCGCGUCUUCUUCGCCAAAACCGUCGACACCCAGCAAGGGCUGAAGAACGUGCAAUGGGUCUACCUCGGCAUCGCCUGCUUCGUCGCCCUCCUCAUCAUCCUCUUCUGGCUCGCCCCGAUGCCCGAGGUCACCGACGCGGAUAUGGGUCUGCAGGAGCAGGAUAUCAGCGCGGCGGAAGUGGGCCCGCUCUCGAAGCAGUAUAAUCUGUUCUUUGGCAUUUGGGGCCAGUUUUGCUACGUUGGCGCCCAGGUUGCCGUCGCGAAUUAUUUUAUCAAUUUCGCCGAGGAGGCGGGGUAUUCGGCCUCCAUGUCUUCAAACCUACUUGCUGUCGGCCAGGGCCUGUACACAUUCAUGCGCUUCGUCUCCGGCGGCUUGAUGACUCUGGGCGUCAGACCCCGACACAUCAUGGGCGUCUACCUCACCUUGUGCUUCAUCUUCGGUGUCGCCGCCACAACGACCACUGGGACGACCAGCGUCGUGAUGCUCAUUCUGGUGCUCACGUUUGAAAGCGCCUGCUUCGCCACCAUCUUCACCCUCGCCCUCCGCGGGCUCGGCCACCACACCAAACGCGGCGGCAGUCUGAUCGUGGCGGCCAUCUCGGGCGGCGCCGCCGUGCCGCCCAUGACGGGCGCCGUGGCCACCAACACCGGCAGCUUCCACAAGGCGAUGGCCAUCCCCACGGCGUUCUACGUCCUGUCGUUGGCGUUUCCCAUCUACGCGAAUACCGUGAGUAAGCGGUUUCUGGACGGCCACCGCGCGACGGAUUUGAAUGUGGAGGGCGAGGGGAAUGUAUUGGGGGGGAAAGGGGGGUGGUUGGGGAGGGGGAGAAGGAGAAGGAGAGUGUUGCUGUUUAGGGAUCUGAUAUUGUGGUUUUUGGCUGGUGUUGGAGUUGGUUUUGGUUUGGUCUUUUGGGUGAUUGGGUGCGGGACUAAUGUGGUGUUUGCCCUGAUUUUACAUCCUUCAAUUUACUUUGAAUUCUAG